CGCGCAGAAAAGGAAACGCAUUGACUUCUUUCUUCCGCUCCGCGUGUUCUCAGCCAGUACGUCCAUUGUAAGAAAAUGACUAACCAGCUCUGUAAACUGUUUGUUGGCGGCCUGAACGUCCAAACAACCGACGAAGGCUUGCGGGCACAUUUUGAACAGUAUGGACAGCUGACCGACUGCGUAGUGGUGAUGAACCAGCAGCUGCAGCGUUCCCGGUGCUUCGGCUUUGUAACGUACUCGAGCGUCGAGGAAGCGGACGCCGCCAUGGCAGCUAGGCCUCAUGUCGUUGACGGCAACAACGUGGAUCUGAAGCGAGCGGUGGCCCGGGAAGACGCCGGUAGACCGGAGGCACUAGCCAAGGUCAAGAAAAUAUUUGUCGGGGGACUGAAAGACGACAUCGAGGACGAACACCUCCAAGAGUAUUUCUCCCAGUUCGGUGCCAUCGAGAAGGCUCAGGUCAUCACCGACAAAGACACCGGGAAAAAGCGAGGUUUCGGUUUUGUUUACUUUGAAGAUAACGACUCAGCCGAUAAAGCCGUCGUAAUGAAGUUCCACGUGAUCAGCGGACAUAAGGUGGAGGUGAAGAAGGCUCUCACCAAACAGGAGAUGCAAGGUGCCGGAGGACGCGGCGGCAGGGGAGGCCGAGGAAUGGGCCGGGGAAGCGGCUACGGCGGCGGAAGAGGCGGUUACUAUAGCGACUACAGCUAUCAGAACGGCGGCUACGGUAACGAUGGCAACUACGAAAGCCAAAGUAGCUACGGAGGAGGCUAUAGCGACCAGAUGGGCAGCGGAUACGGCACCGGGAAUGGCUACAGUGACUUCGGCGAGGGUUAUGGACAGCAACCUUCAGGUUACGGCGCUGUGAAAACCGGCUACUAUGCCGGCAGGAGCAGUGCGCCCUACCCACGCGGAGGCGGCGGCGGUGGUGGUGGAUAUGGAAGAGGCGGCUAUGGUGGAUAUUAGAAGCACAGAUGUGACUCUUUAAGCUGUACUUCUAUUUGAAUUUUUUUUUUCUUUUUUUACGCAAACUACUUGGACUCUGGACUUUUAAAACUAAUUGUUUGGUAUUGGGUAUAAAUGAGAAAUGUUCUGUGCCAUUACCAGUACCAGCAGACACGCAUUGCGUUUUCUUUGUUUAGGUUGAAGUGGUCAUGUUUAACGCAAGUCAAGCCUGGUUAAAAACCCUGUAGGCUUCUGUAUGAUCUGUUUUCGGUUUAUUGCCUGUCCAUCGUUUGAGAUGAAACUCAGGGGUAAUGAAAUUUAAGCAGCUCAUUGUUUCACUUCAUGGCUGCCUUUUUUGUUUUAAAAUGCAACUUAAUUUGUUUUAAUGGUACUACACCGUUCCUAUUAUAAAACUAUUUUAAGUAAUAUUUAAUUUGAUCCAACAGUGGCCAUUGAGAGCAUUUUAACCAUUAAACAACCUCUUUUCAUAAA